AUGCCGGUAUCUGAUUCUGGAUUCGAUAAUUCUUCAAAAACAAUGAAGGACGACACUAUACCGACGGAGGAUUACGAAGAAAUCACGAAAGAGUCCGAGAUGGGUGAUGCGACUAAAAUUACUUCUAAGAUUGAUGCUAAUGUCAUUGAAAAAAAAGAUACCGAUUCAGAAAACAAUAUAACCAUUGCUCAGGAUGACGAAAAGGUGUCUUGGCUGCAAAGAGUUGUCGAGUUUUUUGAGGUUAAGAAUGACUCUACCGAUUUGGCCGAUCAUAAGCCCGAAAAUCCAAUUAGGACAUUUAAAGAUUUACAGGAGUCCCUCCGUUCGACGUACUUGUACAACACAGAUCUGCGGCCCGUGGAGGCAAAAAGAAGAACGUGGACAUGGAAGCAGUACAUUUUCUUUUGGAUUUCUGGGUCCUUUAACGUCAAUACAUGGCAAAUCUCAGCCACUGGGCUACAGUUAGGGCUUAACUGGUGGCAGACUUGGAUCUGUAUUUGGGUUGGAUACACGUUUGUCGCAUUUUUCUUGAUACUGGGUUCCAAAGUGGGGAACAAUUACCAUAUCUCUUUCCCCAUUUCCUCAAGAGUAUCAUUUGGUAUCUACUUCUCCAUCUGGAUUGUCAUCAACCGUGUCGUCAUGGCAUGUGUCUGGAAUUCUACUUUGGCUUAUAUCGGUAGUCAAUGUGUUCAGUUGAUGCUAAAGGCUAUCUUCGGUACUAAUUUGAAUACUAGAAUCAAAGACACCAUAAAGAACCCCAAUUUGACGAACUUCGAGUUCAUGUGCUUCAUGGUCUUCUGGGUCGCAUGUUUACCGUUCCUAUGGUUUCCACCUGACAAAUUGCGUCAUAUAUUUGCACUCAAAUCCGCCAUCACUCCAUUUGCGGCCUUCGGUUUUUUGAUUUGGACUCUUUGUAAGGCCAAAGGUCAUUUGGCAUUGGGUUCCCUAAAUGACAAUGGUGGCGCAAUCAGCAAGACGGUUUUAGCAUGGUCUGUCAUUAGAGCUAUUAUGAGUGCUCUGGAUAACUUCUCUACUUUAAUCCUAAACGCUCCUGACUUCACUAGAUUCGGUAAGACCUACAAGUCAUCUGUUUACUCGCAAUUGAUUGCGCUACCCGUCUGCUAUGCCAUUAUUUCCUUAAUCGGAAUAUUGUCUGUCUCCGCAGCUUAUACAUUGUACGGAGUAAAUUAUUGGAGUCCCCUAGACAUUCUGAACAGGUACUUGGAUAACUAUACUUCGGGGAACAGAGCCGGUGUAUUCUUAAUAUCUUUCAUUUUUGCGUUUGACCAGCUGGGUGCCAACUUGUCUGGUAACUCGAUCCCUGCAGGUACCGAUCUGACUGCAUUAUUGCCUAAAUUCAUCAAUAUCAGACGCGGUUCUUAUAUUUGUGCUCUAAUAUCGUUGGCGAUUUGCCCCUGGGAUUUAUUAUCAUCAUCGUCAAAGUUUACUACGGCACUAGCGGCAUAUGCAGUUUUCUUAAGUGCUAUUGCGGGUGUAAUAUCAGCCGAUUACUUCAUUGUCAGAAAGGGUUACGUUAAUAUUUUCCAUUGCUACACCGACAAGCCAGGAUCGUACUACAUGUACAAUAAAUAUGGUACGAACUGGAGGGCGGUGGUAGCUUAUAUAUUUGGUAUUGCUCCUAAUUUUGCAGGCUUUUUAGGUUCAGUGGGAGUUUCUGUGCCUAUUGGCGCUAUGAAAGUUUACUACCUAAACUAUUUCGUUGGUUAUCUCCUUGCAGCAUUGAGUUACUGCAUUUUAGUGUAUUUUUACCCAAUUAAGGGUAUUCCAGGCGAUGCCAAGAUAACUGACCGUAAAUGGCUCGAAGAGUGGGUCGAAGUAGAAGAAUUCGGAACUGAAAGAGAAGCUUUUGAAGAAUAUGGCGGCGUUUCCACUGGCUAUGAAAAGAUACGAUAUAUCUAA